CUAAAAACUUUGUUCAAUUCUUUAUUAAGAACAAAACCUUAUUCAAUUACAUAAUACACUCACUAAUUUGCUAUUAGUCCUCUUUUGAUUUUGAUUUUGAUUGCUACGUUACUUCUUUGCCUCUGCAACAAAUAAAUAGACAUCACUGAAUAAACCAAACACACUCACACACACAUACGCACAACGUUAGUUUUUGUUUUUGUUUUUCUCAUCACCAUGACAAUGUCCACAAGAAACUUCAUAGUUUAUCUAGUAUCAUGUUCCUGUCUUGCUAUUCUCUCUGCGUUAUUUCUCAUCCAUAAUAACCAAAAACCAUCUUUCUCCUUGUUAUCAUCAUCAUCAAACUCUAACCGUUAUGGUUCUGGAACAGAUAGAAUUUGGCCUGAAUUGGAACCUAGUUGGAAACUUGUUUUGGCCACAGUUAUUGGUUUUUUUGGAUCAGCAUGUGGAACCGUUGGUGGUGUUGGUGGUGGUGGCAUUUUUGUUCCUAUGCUUAAUCUUCUUCUUGGUUUUGAUACCAAAUCUGCUGCUGCUCUUUCAAAAUGUAUGAUAAUGGGGGCAUCAGCAUCAUCAGUUUGGUAUAAUUUGAGAGUGGCUCAUCCAACAAAACAAGUGCCAAUAUUAGACUAUGAUUUGGCUCUUUUGUUUCAGCCAAUGCUUAUGCUUGGGAUUACUGUUGGUGUUACUCUCAGUGUUGUUUUCCCUUUUUGGCUUAUCACUGUCCUCAUUAUCAUUCUCUUCAUAGGAACUUCUUUAAGGUCAUUCUUCAAAGGAAUUGAAAUGUGGAGGGUAGAGACUCUUCUCAAGAAAGAAACUGCUGAGCAAGCUGCUUUGGUUAAUUCUAAUGGAGAAUUUAAAGCAGUUCUAGUUGACACGAAGUUUGAGCCAUUGAUCCCUAAAGAACAGAAGUCAACUAUGCAAAUUCUCUGUUUCAACCUUAGAUGGAAGAGGAUUCUGGUGCUUUUGUCUAUUUGGUUUUCUUUCCUCCUAAUUCAAAUCAUUAAGACUCAUGUAGAGGACUGCAGUGUAUGGUAUUGGGUGCUCUUCGGCUUGCAGUUUCCAAUUGCAUUUUUGGUGUUUGGCUUUGAAGCAGUCAAGUUGUACAAGGAUCACAGAAUGAGGAUGGGCACAGGGAGCCUAGAAUACAUAUGUGAGGCUUCAAUAGAAUGGAGUGCUACAUCCCUUGCAUUUUGUGCAAUGAGUGGUAUUGUAGGUGGAAUUGUUGGAGGCUUACUUGGUUCUGGAGGUGGAUUUAUUUUGGGGCCUCUUCUCCUUGAGAUAGGUGUCAUCCCUCAGGUUGCUAGUGCAACAGCAACAUUUGUGAUGAUGUUUUCAUCAUCUUUGUCUGUUUUUGAGUUCUACAUUCUCAAGAGGUUCCCUAUGCCUUAUGCAUUAUACCUCAUCACAGUGUCUGUUUUGGCUGGCUUCUGGGGACAGUUCUUUGUUAGAAAACUAGUUGCAUUUCUUGGGAGGGCAUCUGUCAUUGUAUUCAUCCUCUCUGGUGUUAUUUUCGCCAGUGCUCUCACCAUGGGUAUUGUUGGCACUGAGAAGAGUAUUGAAAUGAUACACAACCAUGAGUUCAUGGGAUUCUUGGGAUUUUGUAGCACUUAAUUAAUUUAGAGUAAAGUAGGAAUAGCAGGCAAAAAGAAAAUCAAGGGUUCAUAGAAGUUGGUUAAUGUCUGUUGACCAACAUGAAAUAUCUAUAUCUCUAGGUAAACUUUUUUAUUGGCAAAAUAUUAGUAAGUUAGUUAGUGGUUACGUUAGUUUUCAGGAUUGAAAUUUUGGGUAUGCUUAACUUUUUUAGAUAUCUCUUAUCUCAACAAUCUAGUUACUACUUGGGGCUUAUAUCUCCAAGUAAUUAGUCACAAGGCUAAUUUUCCUUCUUAUCUAAAAAUAAUUUUGUGGUUGAGUAGUGAUAGCUGAUAGCUACUAUCUUGCACGUAUCA